AGGCGGACUGCAGCAGAGAGACGCAGACACCGGGGAGCAGAACCGGCCCCAUAAGCUCACCGUCUCACCCGGAUGAACCGUCCCGGACACAGCCGCCGCGGACCCGGCUCUGUGCUGGGCACCCGCAGCUAUAGCUAAAAGCCUCAUAUAACUUCUUAUUUUUGGAAGUAUUCUCUCGUCAUUCCGCCAUGGUUCUGGGCAAAGUGAAGGUCUUGGCGAUCUACUUUGACAGCUUGAACGAGAACAACCUGCCGGCGUUCUCCGGUGGAGACCUGGUUACCGGGAGAGUGGUGGUGGAGGUUACCGGGGACGUGCGGGUCAAGAGCCUGGAUAUAACCGCGAGAGGAGUCGCCAAAGUCCGAUGGACAGAGUCGAGGAACGCCGGAGCCAACACGGCUUAUACUCAAAACUACACCGAGGAGGUGGAGUACUUGCACCAUUACGACACCUUGAUAGGAGAGGAGAGAGACGAGGACUGUCCAGAGGAAGGUCUGACUGUUCUGCACGCCGGCUUACACGAGUUCGCUUUCAGCUUCAACCUGCCUCAAAUGGCUCUGGCCACUUCCUUCGAAGGGAAGCACGGCAACGUGAGGUACUGGGUGAAAGCUGAACUGCACCGUCCGUGGCUGCUGCCGGUCAAAGUGAAGAAAGAGUUCAUCGUGUUCGAACACAUCGACAUCAACACGCCACUGCUGCUGGCGCCUCAGGCUGGUUCGAAGGAGAAGACACUGUGCUGCUGGUUCUGCGCUUCAGGCCCGAUCUCCCUCAGUGCCAAGAUCGAGCGAAAGGGCUACACACCAGGCGAGUCGAUCCAAAUCUUCGCCGAGGUGGAGAACUGUUCGUCCCGGGUCGUGGUGCCCAAGGCCGCUCUCUACCAGACGCAGACCUUCUUCGCCAAGGGCAAGGGCAAGCAGAUCCAGCAACUGGUGUCCAAUCUGAGAGGAGAGGCUCUGCUGCAGGGGAAGAGCCAGAGCUGGGAGGGCAAACUGCUCAAGAUCCCCCCGGUGUCUCCCUCCAUCCUGGACUGCCCCAUCAUCAGGGUGGAGUACGCACUCGUGGUGUACGUGGACGUUCCCGGUGGAUUGAACUUGUCUCUGUCGCUGCCGCUGGUGAUCGGGACCAUACCUCUGCACGCCUGCACCACCCGCACCUCCAGCAUCAGCAGCAACUGCAGCACUUUGAGCUGGCUGGGCCUGUCGGAGAGACCCGAGGCACCGCCGAGUUACAGCGAUCUGGCAAUAUCGGAAUCUCACAGACGGCAAUGUCUGCACAGCUGCGAUCGGUCUGACGGAGACGGAGAGGACGAGGGAUCUAUGCUGACUUACAUCACAGAGUUCAAGUAUCUGCCCCCGCCACUCUACUCUGAGGUGGAUCCUUACCCCGACUCCGGUGAGGUGUGCGCGGCGGCGGACGCCCGGAGACCCGACACGUGUCCGUCCCGCUGACGUGAGCUCAGACGGGCUUCUGCACAAACAACGAGACACAGUCACCCAUUUUAAGCUCCGGGCUCGAGCACAGCCAGCCUUCUCACCAGAUUAUAUAUCACGAUACAUCAUCAGGCUUAGACCCUGCCUGUCCCGGGACAGUCAGCUGACCCAGUAUUUUGGGGACCGUUGACACAUGAUGGACGAUGGAGUUCGAGCCGUGCCGGGUCAUCUGUAUCCUGUGCUCAAGAUGAGGCACAACAAGUGUUCUCUGACACCACUGUAGGGCUGGGCGAUAUGGAGAAAAUCAAAUAUCACGAUAUUUUUGACCUAAUGCCUCGAUAUCUACACAGCAACGAUAUCGUAGUGUUGACUAUCGGUGCUUUCACUUAAUAUUCACACAAUGACAUUUUUGAUAAUCAUCAGUAAUGUGGA